AUGGACCAAGCAUUUAAUUUAAACCCAUACGAACACGAGAUUUCCUCGACACUAGUAUGGGCAAGGUUGCUGGUCAUACCGGCUCAGUACUUCAAUACUGAUGCUGUGAUGAAGAUCGGGAAGCGAAUUGGGAGACCCUUGCGGGUUGAUCAAGCCACGAGCACAGGCGCCCGCCUAGACUAUGCGCGUGUCUGUGUCGAGGUCGACCUCGCCAAACCACUCUUGUCCCAAUUUAGGAUCCAUGGCGUAAAAUAUUUCAUUCAAUACGAGGGGCUAGAGAAGAUCUGCCUAAAUUGUGGCAAAUACUUCGAGCGGUCUGGUUGCCCUUGCUCCUUUGGCGGGCAAAGCAAACAGGACGAGGAACCUAACGUCUCGGAUACUGUCAAGGAGCCGAACCCAUAA